AUGAGGAUCGAUUACAAUUUCGAAAUAAGAGGCCACUUGGGAGUUGCAACGGCUGAUAGGCCGCGGGGGAUCGCCGUUAUUGAUCUUGAAAAUCCAGAUUUAGCGGCAAGGUUAGCUGCAGAUGAUCGUCUUCAUUCUAAUUAUAGAGCGGCGAAAAUAGAGCGCGCUGUGCUGUCGGCGCCGAGUGUACCGAAGACAAUGCGCGUAUGUACACUCGCCGGCCUCGGAGACUUCUGGCUUGCUAGGAUUCCGGGACACGGC